GCCUAUUUCCUCCCUUGCCAAGCCACGGUGAGCUCCAAGCAUCCAGAGAGUAUCAACCGAACAGAGUGUCAAAUUUGUGCCUGUGUGCGUGACAUAGAAAAGGAGAGAUGCCGACGACGGACUGGGGCCCAAUCAUCGUGGCGAUGGUGCUGUUCAUCCUGCUGUCGCCGGGGUUCCUGUUCCAGCUGCCGGCGAGGGUGAGGGUGGUGGAGUUCGGCAACAUGGGCACUAGCGGCUUCUCCAUCCUCGUCCACGCCAUCCUCUACUUCUGCCUGCUCACCAUCGCUGUUGUGGCCAUCGGAGUGCAUGUGUAUGCCUCCAAACCCGGUCCAGCAGGGUAAAUAUGUGCCUACUCUCCCGGCCAUUCAUGGGGUGCUUUUUUGUUUGAACAGGGGCAGAGGCUCCAAGGCCCGAGAAGCUGCCAUUCAUGGGGUACGGUGUUGUGUUGGUGUUGGAUUCCUUUGAUUUUUUUAUUUAUUUUUUUGCGGGGAUUCCUUUGAUUUGUUUGCCUGUCUUUCUAUCUUUUGAACACGGAACUAAGUGAGAAAUGAAAAUUAUAUAUGUAUACAUGUGUUGUUUACAAAGACGACAUGCGUGAUGCAUCCAGGAUUUGAGCAAAUUGGUUCCUAUUUAUUUUUCUUCACACUCGAGGUUGGGUGAUCAGUUUAUUUCUUAGGAGACCUUCUGAAGAGUCGAGCGCUCAUUUCUUCAGUGGCGUUCGGUGUCGCAUCACCUUGACAACUCUUCUUCCCCUCGACGGUGACUGAUGUUCAAAAAUUGAUAUUGUUUCGUUUGGUCCAUUGACAUGUCUGCCCGAGCUAACGAAAUGUCAUCCCCAGAUUCUAACACCCCCCCGGAUCUCGUGUCGCCCCUAGGGGGGGGGGGGGGGGUCCGCGGAUGGCGCCACAGGUGUUAGCCGUCCCUACCGGCCGUAUGGGUGGAAGAGGAUCGUCGCUGCUCCAGGUUGCUCCGUUGUUCUCGGCUAAUCUAUGACUGUUGAAGUAUAUAUGUGUAUUGCAUAGCUCUUUCCAUCAGUUUGGACUUUAAGUUGUGUUGGAUAGUGCAUGAAGCUUAGCACCGGCCUCCUCUCCCUCGAUGUGGUCCUCCUCACCAAUCUGGUCCUCGCUCGCCGAUCUAGUCAAUGCUCCUUCUGGGACACCAGGUAUUUCAGCUAAGGUAGGGUGGUGGACAUCUGGGGGGGGGGGGGCAUGGUCCCCCAUGCAUCGACCCUGAUGGGCGGCUCUCCUGUGUCGAUAUCCUUCUUAAGGGCGUGUCGGGCUUCCCUUUCCGCUCCCUCCUCCUCCUCCUCCUCCCGAUCCUGAGGCGAAAUCAUUGGCCUUGUUGGCUGGAUGGCAAUGGCAUUCUGGCAUCACGGUCCUCCCUAGAGGCAUCAUUCAAGAAAAGGGUGGGGGUUGUGGACCUAUUGCGAGGUGUUUAGUGGUGACGCCGGUGCUUUGCUCUCUAGAAUAUCUGUUAUCUUUCACUUUUUAAUCAAACUUUUGCCUUUGUAAUUGACAUCAUUGUAUCCUAGCCGGUUGAUGGCUUCAUUAAUUUGAAGUUGUGCAUUUAUGCUUUUUCUCUAAAAAAACAAUGCCUGCAUCAUAUGAUCGAAGACAUGGGAAAAGUGAAGCACUAGUUGGAGACCCGCUCAGACGGACAUUGAGCAUACCAUGACCUAGCCGUCAUCAGACGUAGCCACACCCCUGGAAGGCCUCCUCCAAGCGGGUAGAGUGAUAGGGCAGCAUGGAUGACACCCCCACACCAUCCCCUAUUGUGGCUUCGCUCUCUCCCCGUGCAGCAGCAAAAUCCCAACAAAGCGACACGGAUUCCCUCACAGCUAGGUAGAUCAAACCAUCGCUCACCACUGACGGACAAGCGGGAUGCACGGUGAAAACAAAAUUUUGUGUCUAGAAGCCAUGCGCCACUACUAGU